AUGUGCUCCCAGCUCUGGUUCCUGACGGACCGGCGCAUCCGCGAGGACUACCCGCAGGUGCAGAUCCUGCGCGCCCUCCGGCAGCGCUGCUCCGAGCAGGACGUGCGCUUCCGGGCGGUGCUCAUGGACCAGAUCGCCGUCACCGUCGUCGGCGGCCACCUCGGCCUGCAGCUGAACCAGAAGGCGCUCACCACCUUCCCCGAUGUGGUGCUCGUGCGGGUGCCCACCCCCUCAGUGCAGUCGGACAGUGACAUCACGGUCCUGCGCCACCUGGAGAAGCUGGGCUGCCGCCUAGUCAACCGCCCGCAGAGCAUUUUGAACUGCGUCAACAAGUUCUGGACGUUCCAGGAGCUGGCUGGCCACGGGGUUCCCAUGCCAGACACCUUCUCAUACGGUGGGCACGAAGACUUUUCAAAGAUGAUCGAUGAAGCUGAGCCCCUGGGCUACCCGGUCGUGGUGAAGAGCACUCGAGGACACCGGGGAAAAGCUGUUUUUCUUGCCAGAGAUAAACAUCACCUCUCGGACAUCUGCCAUCUGAUCCGCCAUGAUGUGCCCUACCUGUUCCAGAAGUAUGUGAAGGAGUCACAUGGCAAAGACAUCCGGGUGGUGGUGGUAGGGGGCCGGGUGAUAGGCUCCAUGCUUCGCUGCUCCACUGAUGGACGGAUGCAGAGCAACUGCUCACUCGGCGGUGUGGGUGUCAUGUGCCCGCUGACAGAGCAAGGCAAGCAGCUGGCUGUUCAGGUGUCCAACAUCCUGGGCAUGGACUUCUGUGGCAUCGAUCUCCUCAUCAUGGACGACGGCUCCUUUGUGGUGUGUGAGGCGAACGCCAAUGUCGGCUUCCUAGCCUUCGACCAGGCGUGCAAUUUAGAUGUGGGUGGCAUCAUCGCAGACUACACCAUGUCCUUGCUGCCCAAUAGGCAGACUGGCAAGAUGGCCGUCCUCCCAGGACUGUCCUGUCCCAGGGAGAAGAAAGACCCAGAUGGCUGCGCUUCAGCUCAGGGAGUUGCAGAGAGCGUCUACGCCAUCAACAAUGGGUCUACCUCUAGUGAGAGUGAGCCUGAACUGGGAGAGAUCCGGGAUUCCUCAGUGAGCACAACGGGGGCCCCGCCCCCCAUGCUGCCCGAAGCCGGCUACAACAUUAACAACAGGAUUGCUUCCGAAUUAAAACUUAAGUGAAUUCCUGCUUUUUGGCAGCAUUUAAACCAAAUCCUACUGCUUCCCUAUAGUUUUGAGUGAAUAAAAUCUGGACUAAUGUGAUUUCAUUUGCACAGAAACUAGAAAAUCCCAUCUGGGCACUCAGCAUUCUUUCUAACGAUGAUUUAAGCGAACGGCUUAGCUUUGUGGUUUUUACAGAGACUAAAAAAACACUCACCAAGAGCAACAUCCCGAGCUGUCGGCUGGAGACCGAGGUCUGCCGCGAGCACUUGGAUGCUACGGCUGCCUCUGAAGGCGCUGACUGUGCUGCUGCCUCUGGCUGUUACCAGCAGAGCCCAAAAACUCAGAACGGGUCCCGGAAGCGCUGCACUCAGGAGCCAUCACCCGGUGGAGGGGGGUGCAGAAGAGACGCAACGCGACUGCGCUAACGAGCUCUUCACCAAGUGUGUGUGUGUGUGUGUGAUGCUUGAAGAAUACGCAGUUCAGUCUCUGCUCCCUGUCAAAUCACCAUCUUGGCCAUAUUUCUCUGACACUCAGGAUAUGGUGUUUUAGGGAGCUUCCUCAUUAGCAUUUUCGAUGAAGCACUUUGUAGAAAGUUUGAGAACGAGCAUUAUCUGACGUCACCGGUUGGCAGAUCUCCUGCUGCGGAACUGGGGCUUUCUACAAAUUGCUUUGCCACGCCGAACUUAUAGACCCUGCUUCAACUAAUGCCAGCCCCAGCAGCCUCUUGCACCUUUGCUGCC